CUCUUCACUUCCAUUUUUAAAUUCUAAAAAAAUGGGUUCUCCACAAGAGACUUGUACUUCACUUGAUUUGAUUAGGCAACAUCUUCUUGAUGAUUUUGCUUUCAUGGAAAACUAUUCCCAAAGUUGUGAAUCUGUGGACAAGAGUUGUUUCUCUUUUGAAACAACUCAAAGUUCAAAUCUUGAUGAUAUAUCAAGCUUCUUUAGUGCUAGUUCAAAAACAGAGUAUGAUGGUUUCUUCGAAUUUAAGGCAAAACCACAUGUUAUGAGCUCGAAACAGAGUAACUUCAAAGAACGCAAGCCAUCUCUGAACGUUGCGAUACCCGCGAAACCUGUUGUGGUACAGAAAGUGAAAGUUGAGAGUGAGAAGAAGCAUUACAGGGGAGUUAGGCAGAGGCCUUGGGGGAAGUUUGCAGCGGAGAUUCGUGACCCAAAUAGAAAGGGGACUCGGGUUUGGUUAGGAACCUUCGACACUGCAGUGGAUGCGGCCAAGGCAUAUGACAGGGCGGCGUUUAAGCUUAGAGGCAGCAAAGCAAUAUUGAAUUUCCCACUUGAAGUUGCUAACUUUAAGCAACAAAAUCAUGAUGAUGUUGAGAUUAAAACAGCAGGGAGUAAAAGGGUGAGAGAAACAGAGCAAUUAGUUAUCAACAAGGAAAGGAAAAUAGAAGAAGAAGAAAGAAUAGUCCCAACAGCGGCAGCAGCUCCAUUAACACCGUCAAGUUGGUCGACGAUUUGGGAUGAAAAAGGUAUCUUUGAGGUGCCUCCACUGUCACCAUUGUCUCAGCUUGUAAUGAUAUAAUUUGGGAUUAUAUAUAAGUGUAUUUGAUGAAUAUGCACCUGACUAUAAAUAAAGUCUGAGGUGAAUUAGGAUUAGAAUGAUGUGUCUUUGGAUCUUCAAUAUUUAGUAAUUUCAUUGAUUAAGCGUUAUUUAAUGUAAAUACGCAAUCAAUCUAAAAUUUGUUCAUUUUAUAGUAUGGAAAUUU